UUCAAAACUGAAGACUGAAAUCCAGUUCAAUCUUUAAUGGCUGCCCGAGCGUCCCCCAAGGUCCUCCAGAACCUCCCUUACAUCGUCAGAUCCUUGAAUUCUUCAUCUUCGUCUAUCGUCACUGCCGUUCCUCCGUUGAGUUUACCGGAGAAAGCUGAUGAUGAAGCUGUUGUGGAACCGGUCGUCACCGCAUCUUCCAACUCAGUUUUGAACCUCGACGAGGUUGACAAGUUGUUUUCAUCGGUUUCUACUUUUCAGUUGCUGAAAUCAUCGUUGAACCUUCACAUGGCUGCAUUUGAUCCAUUUGUGGACUUGGGUGUGUGGGUAAUGAAGUCUGGGCUGGUGGAGAAUUCGAUCUUCAAAGAGAUCAUAUUGAGGACAGUGAAAUACACGUUUUACCAACAUUUCUGUGCUGGCGAGAACGUGGAGGAGGCUGGAAGGACGCUUCAGAGGCUUUGGGAUGAUGGGUUGAGGGGAAUUUUGGAUUAUGGGUUGGAGGACGCAACUGAUAACGAGUCGUGUGAUCGGAAUUUGGAUGAAUUUCUUAAGACUGUCGAGACUACCAAGUUGCUUCCACCAUCUUCUGUUAGCUUUGCCUGUGUGAAGAUCUCUGCUAUUUGUCCAAUUUCACUACUCAAGCGCGUAAGUGAUAUGCUGAGAUGGGAACAUAGAGACCCAUCUUUCCAUCUUCCAUGGAAGCAAGAGACAUUACCAGUUCUUUCUCAUUCUAGCCCUUUCUAUCACACCCUCAAAAGACCAGAACCUCUAACUACAACAGAGGAACGAGAUCUCCAACUCGCCCACCAAAGACUAAUGAAGCUAUGCCAGAAUUGCCUUGAAACCGAUCUCCCAUUGCUUGUUGAUGCAGAGUACACAUCAGUUCAACCUGCAAUUGACUACCUAACCUACUGUGCUGCAAUUAGUUUCAACAAAGAUGAGAACCCAGUUAUUUUUGGAACAAUUCAAGCUUACCUAAAAGAUUCAAAGCAGAGGCUGUUUCUGGCAACUGAAGCUGCAGAGAAGAGGAGAAUUCCAAUUGGUUUUAAAUUGGUAAGAGGAGCCUAUCUGUCUAGCGAAACCCAAUUAGCAUUUUCUCUGGGUUUUCCUUCUCCCAUUCAUGAGAGUAUUCAGGAGACACAUUUGUGCUACGACGAUUGUGCUUCAUUUAUGCUUGAGAAAGUAGCUAGGGAUUCAGCAUCUGUUGUUCUUGCCACUCAUAAUUUUCAAUCUGGGAGUGUGGCAGCAAGAAAAGCACAAGCCUUGGGGAUUGGAAAGGGAAAUCAGAAGCUGCAAUUUGCUCAGUUGAAGGGAAUGGCUGAAGGACUUUCCUAUGGUUUGAGGAAUGCAGGAUUCCAAGUAAGCAAAUACUUGCCUUUUGGACCAGUGGAGAAGGUUAUUCCAUAUCUUCUUAGAAGAGCUGAAGAGAAUAGAGGCCUCUUAUCCUCCUCAACCAUGGACAGAAAUUUGAUGAGGAAUGAGCUAAAGAGGAGAUUAAAAGCUGCAAUUCGAGGAGGCCAAGUUGACAAAAUAUAAUUUCUAUUAGCCCCUAAGUUUGUCUCUCUUUUUCUUUUGGUUUUCUUAUAAGAAGUGUAGAUCAAAGUUAAGAUUAGAGUAUUUGU